AAGGCCGACGUUUCAGAUGGACAGAGGCAGAGGGCAAAGCGGGCGCGUGCAUGGCACCGGAUUUAUCGAUUGCAGGCCGCCGACAGGAACCAUGGCCAGACAGGCGCAACAACGACCAUGCAGGCGUCGAGCGCAUGUGUUGGCGACCACCUGUCUCCCAUGCUCCAUGCUCCACGCUGCUCCAUGCCGCUGCUCGAGUAGCCAGCGUCAACGCCCCGUUAUUGGGCUACGGCUACGGCCAGCCCAUGCCUGCUUGCCGGCCAUACUGCUUGAUUCGCAACGACGCCAUUUCUUUAGUAGCCUCCAGCCUGCCCGCACCCGCCAUGCCCGCCCUCCGACAAACCCUCCCCACUAUACACAACACACCCUGGCCCGAAAUAGGUCCACCACCGUCGCUCUCUUUGAUACAUAGGCCCUCCACGCGCCCCUCCCAUCCCGACCCCGUCAUCCUCUUUUGCUCUCCUCCAACACGACAACCCGGCCCUCGGUGGCUUGACACACCCCAUUGCUUGCUUGUCUGCUUGCUCGCUUGAUUGCCCGCCUGCCUUCCUGCCUGCCUGUCCGCUUGUUUCGUUUAACCUCGUCGCUCCUUCCAUCCAUCUAUCCACCCACCCAUACACUCAGCUUGGCCUUCUUUAACCCUCGCUCGUUUCUCUUCUUAAUUCCUCCGGCCACCUUAUUCUUGGUUCAUAUUUGCUUUUUCUGUUUAUUCCCCCUAGGAACAAAACCACAAAUUCCUUCUGCCGCGCUUACCCCUUCCACAACCCUUCUCGAAUGCACAUCACC